AUGGUAGCAGUUCUCCCCAAGGACCUGCACACACUGACCCCAGCAGAAGUGCUGAAGUCCAUGUGGGCAUCUAUCCCUGAUACAUCCCGGCCCACUGGUAGCACCAUCAACAUGGGACACCAGAACAGAAACACUAGCUUUGCACCAGACUUGAGUCCAUCCCAAGACCAUGUUUCCUUGCUCCCCUUAAACUUCAGUUAUGGUGAUUAUGACCUCCCCCCGGAUGAGAAUGAAGAUGUGACCAAGACACAGAUCUUCUUUGCAGCCAGAAUUGUCAUUGGCAUGGCACUGGCAGGCAUCAUGCUAGUCUGUGGCAUUGGCAACUUUGUCUUCAUUGCUGCCCUCGCCCGCUACAAGAAGCUGCGCAACCUUACCAACCUCCUCAUUGCCAACUUGGCCAUCUCUGACUUCCUGGUGGCGAUCGUCUGCUGCCCCUUUGAGAUGGACUAUUAUGUAGUACAGCAGCUUUCCUGGGAGCAUGGUCACGUGCUUUGUGUCUCUGUCAACUACCUUCGUACUGUCUCCCUGUACGUCUCCACCAAUGCUCUGCUGGCCAUCGCUAUUGACAGAUAUCUCGCUAUCGUCCACCCCUUGAAACCGCGGAUGAAUUAUCAGACUGCCUCCUUCCUGAUCGCUUUGGUCUGGAUAGUGUCCAUCCUCAUCGCUGUCCCAUCUGCCUACUUCACCACAGAAACCAUCCUCCUUAUCGUCAAGAAUCAGCAAAAAAUCUUCUGUGGUCAGAUCUGGUCGGUGGAUCAGCAGUUCUACUACAAAUCCUACUUCCUCUUCGUCUUCGGCCUUGAGUUCGUGGGUCCCGUGGUCACCAUGACCCUGUGCUACGCCAGGAUCUCCCAAGAGCUCUGGUUCAAGGCUGUACCUGGCUUCCAGACGGAGCAGAUCCGCAAGCGGCUGCGUUGCCGCCGCAAGACAGUGCUGUUGCUCAUGGGUAUCCUGUCGGCCUACGUGCUGUGCUGGGCACCGUUCUAUGGCUUUACUAUAGUGCGAGACUUCUUCCCCACGGUGGUGGUGAAGGAGAAGCACUACCUCACCGCCUUCUAUGUCGUGGAGUGCAUCGCCAUGAGCAACAGCAUGAUCAAUACGAUAUGCUUCGUGACCGUCAAGAACAACACCAUGAAAUACUUCAAGAAGAUGUUGCUGCUCCAUUGGAGGUCCUCCCACUAUGGGAGUAAGUCCAGCGCUGACCUCGACCUCAAAACCAGUGGGGUGCCAGCCACUGAAGAGGUGGAUUGUAUCAGACUAAAGUAG